AUGCAACCCUCUGCAUCCAAAAGCCAAGAUCAGAUAAGCAAUGACAAGCUCACUUCAACCCACAAAUUUCCUUGCAGUUACCAAUCUGAGAGGCAUUCUAAACUCUCAAGGCCUAAGAGGCGGCGAAAGAACCAUACGCUACGUAAGAUUCCACGCUCAAGUAGUGACGACAAGAAACUACCGUCAGCGGUGCAAGGACCAACGAUCCAAGGAGCUGUAAAGUCCGUCUGUGUCACUUGGAUCACCGGAAAUAGCCCAGUGAAGUUCCAAACUGUCGGCGACAUUGUAGAGGCUGGCCAGACACGCAAGGUCUUGCGUGGUUGGAGCCCAUGGGUUGUUCACCUCGAGCAGCCAAUGACACAAGACGUAAUUCGUGGUAGUCAGCGAAAAGCAAAGAUUGAAACUUUCGUUUUCUGUUUCUGCAUCGAACCACCACUGACUUCCAAAUCGAGCCGCUGCAAGUACAGCUGUGCCGGAGAAUAUUGCUCACCUCAUCAUGCAGACAAAGCUCUUAUUUGCCCCGGAGUCGGUAUCGCAAAUAGUGGCGCACUCUCCAACACUAUGUUCCUGAUCCAGGUCUCAUUCUCCGCGGGAACGGUUUCACAUCUCUCAGAUCCCGAAACCAGAAUGCUAAGCUUUAGCCAAGCUUUAGAUGUCCAAGUCCAGAUCAGCGGCUACCUGUUUUGGCUGACCUCCUUGGCGAAGCUUCGGAUGUCCAUUUGGUAUCGAACCAGCUGGCUGGCGCUUCUAGUCACUGCUGCCAGCAUGUUUUACUACACCAUGGUGACGGGCUCUGGUCCUGUCCUUCAAUGUUCAUAUUCAUAUUCACUACUGGUUCUCGAUUCCCUUUUCGUUACAUCCUUAUCUGAGUCUAUUGUUCUUGGCCAUAAUUCGUACAACUGUCUUGUCAAAAUGAGAUUCUUCCAGCCUCUUGCCCUUUCUGUCAUUGUCGGCCUGGUUGCCGCGUCUCCCGUUCCUUAUAAUGAUGGAUCUCUCGAAAUUCGAGCAGAUUCAGUAGCCGACCCAGUUGAUGCUCCCCUCAUCGAGAAACGAUAUCCCGUUGCUGAGCCCCAAGCCAAAGGGAAAAAGGGCAAAAAGGGCAAAGGAAAGGCUAAGAAAGGAAAAGGAAAAGCGAAGAAGGCGAAGAAGGCGAAGAGGAGAGACGAUAGCCUCUCCUCUCUCUCAGAUAUUUUGGAACGGGAAGUCGACACUGCUGCGAUCGACACUGUUAUCGUUGCACGGGACCCGGAACCCGAAGCUGAAGCUGAAGCCGACCCUGAGGCACUAGCCGAACUGUGGGAGCGAUUCGCUGAACCUGAACCUGCGCCGCAGGCAAACACAACCGCAGCAACCGCAGCAAAGGGUAAGGCUAAGGCCAAGGCCAAAGGGAAGGCUAAGGGUAAAGGCAAGGCAAAGGGUAAAGCAAAGGGGAAAGGAAAAGCGAAGGGAAAGGCGAAGGGUAAGGGAAAAGCAAAGUAG